CACCCUGGCACCCAUCAUCAGGCGGUCGCGUGUGUGGCUGUGGGUGCUUUGGCCUGUCCCGGCCAUGCGAGAGAAGCCCCUGGGAGGCAGAGGAAAGGGGAGGGUGGUUUCGCUUUGGGCUGCGGAUGGUGUCCCCCAGCCUCUGUCUGUCUCCCACGGACCUUCCCUUCUCAAAUCCGGGCUAAUGAAGUCCUGGGCUCACCUCUCUUUACCGCAGGGAUAAAUUCCAGCUUUUUCGCACCAGGCCAGGCACACACAGGAGCUGCUGCUAGAGGUGAAAAUUGUCCUGCUAGAAGUCACGGGAAGAGUUAAGGCCGGUCAGCGUGACUGAUUCUCAGUGCAAGUUCCUCUUCCCGUUUCAGGAAUCGGGGCAAACAAUUGCAGCAUUUGGUAAAACCCCGGCAGAGCAUCGGGGCUCAGCCCUUCGGGGCGGUGGGUGCACGGACCCGCUGAAGACGCGGGCGCCCCAGCCCCUGUCCGCCCCAUCGCCCCGAGGGGGUUCCUAGCGCUGCCCUCUCCUUGGCCUCUCUUCCAGAUGUCCUUCUACUUCUCGGACACGGCAGUGCUGCUCUUUGACUUCUGGAGUGUCCACACCCCCACAGGGAUUGUGCUCUCGGUGCUGGUGAUCCUGCUGCUGUCGAUGCUUUAUGAAGCCGUCAAGAUGGGCAAGGCCGUGCUGCUGCGGCGGGCGCUGCUGGCUCUGCCCCACAGCCUCAGUCGGGAGUCGCUGGUGGAGCCAGAGGAGGGGGAUGCCGGCUGCCCCAGCUCCUUGCUGAUGGGGUUUCCCAUCCUCUUCCACAGGUGGUUUCGGUACCACGUUGGCCAGACGCUGUUCCACGUGGUGCAGGUGGUGCUGGGCUACAUGGUGAUGCUGGCCGUCAUGUCCUACAACGCCUGGAUCUUCCUCGGGGCCAUCGCGGGCUCCACACUGGGCUAUUUCGUGGUGUACCCCCUGCUCGGUCGGGGCUAGCCACCCCCCCGGGAUGGUGGGCGAUGUGCUUCACACCUCCUGCUACUUUGUCUGGAAUAGCUGCUGUCACUUCUGCCGGGUCUGUCCUUGUCCCCGUGCUGUGCGGGACCCCAGGGACUUGCUGCGGGAACCCUCGGCGCUGGCCUGACUCAGGUGGGGAGGCGCUGGGGAAGGGGAGCCCCAUGGCCAGCACGCUGCCACUGCCACCGUCCUACCGUCCUCGGCUGGUGGCUGUCCCCUGGCUCUCAGGGAGCUUUGGCCGGGUGAUGAUGGCAGGGGGGUGCUGGGCAUUUCGUUCUUCCCCCCCGACUUUUUUUUUGGGGGGGGGGACAGAAUUCAUCCUGGCUGGAACGGGAAUGGUCCAGUGACCUGCUGGGGAAGGGGACAUGCUGGGGACAGGCACUCCUGCCCUCCUGCCCAGAGCUGCCCUGCACUGAGCCCCUCUUCACACAGUGCCUUCUGGGGAUAACGGGGGUCCUGCUGGCCCCCCAUCCCACCCCCU